AUGAAAAUUGUGGAACUUGGCCGUUUGUUGGGCAUUGAACCAAUUAAAGCAGAAAAAAUUGCAGGACAAAUGAUAUCAGAAGGAAGGAUGGAAGGCUCAAUUGAUCAAGUAGACUCCUAUGUCCACUUUAAGUCUCAAAAAUUAUUGCCAACUUGGGAUAAGAAAAUUGAGGCUCUGUGCUAUCAUGUCAAUCAUAUAAUUGAACUCAUGUCUGCAGAUCCAAAAGUACGUGAAUGGAUGAAUAAACAUUUAGAUGAUCAAAUGACAUUAUAA